AUGCCUGACUGGAAAUCCCAGUCAGAAAUUACCCUCGAUAACAAUGUUUUCAUCAAGCUCAUGCACGCGCUACUUGGGGUAUAUGUUUGGGAAUUUUUUGUUUCUCUCUCUUUCGAUUGGGAUUUCAUGUCGAGACGAAAGAAGUUUCGUUGGCCCAUGAUCUUCUACUUCCUCAAUAGAUACCUUCUCUUAUUUGCGCUCGUCGGAAUUGCAAUCGCGCUGAACAUAACCAAGGAAGUCAACUGUCAGGCGUUGUAUACGUUCAAUCAGCUGGCCGGUAAUGCCGCCGUUGGCCUGGCUAGUAUCAACCUCAGUCUCCGAACAGUAGCGGUUUACGCCCAAUCGAAAAUCCUAAUUGGUGUUCUGAUUGUGCUUAUACUCGGCCACUGGUCUUUGAUACUACAAGGCGUUCUCGUAGAAGCGGAAUGGAUUCCCGAGACGGAGACCUGCGUAAUCACCUCGGCAAACAAUACAAUCCUCGCCGCAACUUUCAUUUAUUCUAUGGUCUUCGACUUCAUCAUUCUUAUGCUGAAUACGUACAAACUCGUCGGGAGAAGAGGUCCUUCUGGCGGGAGCCAAUUGACGAGAAUGUUGUUCUCUGAUGGUCUCGUAUAUUUUAUUAUUGCGUUCCUGUCAAACUUAAUAGCGACGGUUUUCAUGUGCCUCAACCUCAAUGCUAUUAUGAGUGUUAUCUUCAAUGUCCCUGCGGCUAUCGGGAGCACCAUUGUCGCAUGUCGUGCUGUGAGACGACUCAAUAAAUUCUACCACCGAGGCGUUGAAGUGUACGCCAGCGGGUCAGGGUCGAAUUCAAACGAUACACCACCGCGAUUUCGAACAAUGAAUCAAGUUGCCGUAGGCGGUCGCACUCUGCGCGGUACAUCCACUGUACGGCCGCCGCCCUCGGAUCUGACGAGUGGGGUACACGUGCAAAUGGAAACCUUCACUCGUACUGACAACUUCAAUAACGGCACUGUCUCUCCCACCCAUGUAACUUUCGAGGAUGACUCCACUGACAAAAGGGGAAGCGUGAUCGUGGAUGACCUGGAAUUUGGCGACUCCGAGAGCAAUAAGCAUGAGGAGUUGUAAAAAAAUGCGUAUCAAGGGGUGCAGGAGGGACGGAAAUAGAACUGUAUUGGAAUCUGGAGGACGGAUGCUUAUAGUCGGGGCAGUCCUUCUGAUAAGUAAUGUAAAUUCGACGUUUAUUUCUUGUACCGGCGGAAUGCUUCAAAUAUACAAUGUUCUAGACCCGUCUGGUCCAAGCCAACGCCUUCAAGUAUAAAUACAGAACAACUUACUUCGAGUUCGAGCCCACUUCGAAAAAUCGCGGCUAUUGAAAGUUGCUGUAAUCCCUCUUCCGCAACCU